AUGAUUAGGGCUCCCUCUUCUAUUUGGUCUCUGCCUGAACCCGCCGGUCCCUUCAUUGAGGAGUCACUCCUGCCAAGGCUCGGGGCCCCACCCCCAAGAUUCCCCUUUUCCAGGACUGCAGCCACUGCAGCCAACGCAUCACCCUCACAGACGAAGAUGACGAGCCACCGAGUAAACAAUCGUAGUUGUGAGCGCGUAGGUCAAGCCAAGGUUGCAUCCGAGGGCUCCCGAAACGGCGAUAUUUCAGGUAUUGGAUUUCAAUUAGUUCAGAAGAAGAAGAAGAAGAAGAAGAAGAAGAAGCGAUCACUGGAAAAAAAGUUUUAUUGUCGUGACGUUUCGGAUUCCGUCGGGAAUCCUUAG